AUGAUGCUGUCCCACUCCGCCGCACGCCGCGCGGCCGCCGCGCCCUCCAAGGCCCGCCCCGCCCCCGCGCGCCCCGCGCUGCGCCCCCGCCGCCCGCUCGCCGCCGUGCGCGCUGCCGGUGACGUCACCGGGGGCGCGGCCGGCGGCGGCGAGGACGACCGCGAGCGGCUGGCCCACGAGGUCUUGAGGGCAGAGAGCUUUGAGGCACUGCCCAAUGACCUGAAGGCAGCCGUGGCCGAAACCGCCGGCGGGGAACAGCACUCUUCCGCCGAGAGCCUGUGCAUGGAGGGCUUUGCCAAGCAGCUGAGUGAGUCUGAUCUCGAGGAGUACAAGAAGCAGGGCUCCGGCCUGCCGUUUGACUUCCAAGACGACCCGGCGGCGCUGCCGGACGACGAGUCGGCCCCCAUCGGCGCCGACGCCCGCGGCGACGCCGGCGGCGGCGCUGCCGAUGUGAAGUCUGCGUAG